ACACACGAGAAAGAAAAAGCUCAAAACUGGAGAGAGAGAAAAACCCUAAAAAAAAAGAGAGGGUCGAGAGUGAAAUGGAAGGCAAAGAAGAAGAUGUUCGAGUGGGAGCUAACAAGUUCCCGGAGAGGCAACCCAUCGGUACAUCGGCUCAGUCCACUGACAAGGACUACAAAGAGCCACCGCCUGCGCCACUGUUCGAGCCCGGCGAGCUGAGCUCAUGGUCGUUCUACAGAGCCGGAAUUGCUGAGUUUAUUGCUACUUUCCUGUUUCUCUACAUCACUGUUUUGACUGUGAUGGGAGUGAAGAGAGCACCAAACAUGUGUGCUUCUGUUGGGAUCCAAGGCAUCGCUUGGGCUUUUGGUGGCAUGAUCUUUGCUCUUGUCUACUGUACUGCUGGAAUUUCAGGUGGACACAUCAACCCUGCGGUUACAUUCGGUUUGUUUUUGGCUCGGAAGUUGUCUCUGACCAGAGCUGUGUUCUACAUGAUUAUGCAAUGUCUCGGAGCCAUCUGUGGUGCCGGAGUCGUCAAGGGUUUCCAGCCUACGCAUUACCAGACUCUCGGUGGUGGUGCUAACACCGUCGCUCACGGCUACACCAAGGGUUCUGGACUCGGUGCUGAAAUCAUCGGAACCUUUGUUCUCGUGUACACCGUCUUCUCCGCCACCGACGCCAAGAGAAGCGCCCGUGACUCACACGUUCCGAUUUUGGCGCCCCUCCCAAUCGGAUUUGCUGUGUUCUUGGUACACUUGGCAACAAUUCCGAUCACCGGGACCGGAAUCAACCCAGCUAGAAGUCUUGGAGCCGCAAUUAUCUACAACAAGGACCACUCUUGGGACGACCAUUGGAUUUUCUGGGUUGGACCAUUCAUUGGAGCAGCUCUAGCAGCACUCUAUCACCAGAUUGUCAUCAGAGCCAUUCCUUUCAAGAGCAAGAGUUAGAACAAAGAUUCCACCGUCCAGAAUCUGUUCUUUUAGUAAUUUCUUUGCUUAUCUAUCUACUCUAGCUUCUUGUGUUUUGCAAUGUAUGGAGAGCCUUUCAAGAAUAUAUAUUUGGGAUUUCUAAUCAGCGUGUUUUGUCUAUGUAAAAACCAUGCUUUAUUUUUAACUGUUGUUUAAUUAUGUUAAAUCCUCUUUGUUUA